CAACACACACUCACAUACACACAUGCAAAGAGAAGCCACUGGUCCUGUACGGAGGAAUCCAUACAUGACUGUAUGUACGUGCAGUACAUAUGAAAGGUCAGAUACCUUUUUCCUGAUCCGGCCUCAGUCACAUCGCCCAUGCUGCAUGCCUACGGGGUUAGAUGGGGCCCUUACUGGACCUCCGUUCCGUCGUUCCGUCCGCCAGGAGCGAACAGAAAAGACCCCGUGGACUGGGAAGUUUGUUUUCUUCUCAUCUCCUCCUGUCAGCAUCUGUCAUUUCGGUUGUUCCCGUGGUGAUUUCGGAAGGAUUUCGGAAGGAAAGAAGGAAGGGAGGGAGAAAUCGUUCAGCCCGUGAGUGCGGUCUUUUGGUCGCUGUCGACGGUAAGUGUUGUUGGGUAGGGUCCACCUUCGUGGUAUCUGCACGCUUUGCUUUCCCUCUCCCUUUUGGUUGCUUGGCGUUGGAUAGAUAUCAUGGUGGGCUGGAGUGUGAAGGCCCUUAGGUGGAGUGCUGGAUUCGAUUGCCCAUAUACUU